AUGCUCCUCAGCCAGCUGACCACAGUUCUGAGCCUGCUCAGUGGAGCGUGCCUACCCACAGGCUUGGGGAGGCCUGGACCCCAGGGUUCCACCCCCCCGCCCUGGGCUGCCACAAAUCAGACCCGACCUCUGGGCCGAGGGGCCCAGGCCUCCCCAGGGCCAUCGUCUGCGCUCAGCAGCUGGAAGGCCUUCCUGGACCUGCAGAAAACCAGGCGCAUGGGGAGCGGUGGGCUGCAGCGCGAGCGGGAAGAGGCCAGCACCAUGACUCUCCCGCUGGACCCGCAGGAGGUAGCCCAGGAGAGGUGUAAGGCUGUGCCCUUCACGCAGGUGCUCACCCAGCCGGGGUGCACGCCUCUGCGCCUCCGUAACCGCCUCUGCAUGGGCCACUGCUCCUCGCUCUACGUCCCCGGUGCGGACCCCGCCCCGUUCGUCCUCUGCAACAGCUGUGCGCCCGCCCGAGGGCACUGGGUGCCCCUGUUCCUGUGGUGCCGGGCGGGCAGCCCCGCCUCCCGCCGGCGGGUGAAGACGUACACGGUGCUGGUCGAGAGGUGUCAGUGCAGCCCGAAGGCGUGAGCGAGCACACGGACCGGCACACAGACGCACGCACCUGGAGAGAUGCGGGAGUCAGAGAGACGCCGACCUGGGCCGUGUCCCCGGGUCAGAGAGACCAGGGAUGCAGGGAAAGCCAGAUGGGCCUCCCGCUCCUCCCCCGCUCCCACGAAUCCCCGAC